AUGCUUUUUGAACCAUGUGGUAACCUUCUUCAGGAUUACAGUGCAUGUUGUGAGGUGCUUCGACUUACUGAACGCGAGGAAGUAUACAGUUCAGUCAUGACUAGUGAAACAAUAUUGAAGCAACGCGAAACGUACACAACUUGCAGCUCUGAAGCUGAAAAUGUUGGUUUCGGGAAUAAUACCAUCCUUUCCUUAGGAGAGGACUCCUUCCAGAGCUCUAAAUUUGCCGAUAAAGGGGCGGUGCUGAUUUUGACUGCGUCUACCAAUCCUGAGGAUCAAAACGACGCGAGCAGGCGGCGAAGGGACUCCUUGUCAAAGCUGAAUUCUUCUGCUCAAAGUGCUAAUCGAAAGAGGGGAUCCUUUUUCCAGAUCAAGGGUUUAAAGAAUUCAACUGCACUUGAGGGUAAUGCUUCCGGGGGUAUUUCCUCUUCCACGAAGAUACCUUUCACCAUAGUGUCUUUACGUAACGCUAAAUUUUGUAUCAACCAGCGUGAUAUGGCACCCUUAACGCGUGCCAUACCUCAUUGCACGUCACUAGUCUCGGUGGAGAUGGUGAGGUGUGGCCUGUCUGUCGAAAGCUAUAUGCUGUUAGUUGAGUCUAUCUUCAAAAGUCGCCUCGUAAUCAACGUUGCAGUAGAUUUCAACUAUUUACCACACGUAGGUUUUGUGGUCGAUCCCACUCUGCCACCAUCAGAGACUUUUGCAGCAGAAAGGGGGAACAAAACGGAGUCAAAAGGGGUUACAGACAUGCUAGAGGUAGCGGUACAUAAUCCUGAACUCAACAUCCGAACUCCUACCCCUGUGCGGACUGAGGCAGGAACUGGCAGAUCCAAGAAGCGACCACAGAGUCCAGGUUCGAAUAGCGUUUUAGCAGCUCCUCGUGAGAAGGCUAAAUCAACGACUAUUAUUGCGCCUGUGGAUAAUAGGCCAUCUACUAUUUAUCUCAACCCAACUGAGCUUUGCGGUUUGCAUUUUAUCCCUACAUUACUUGAAGAGCAACUUCAGGAAGAAAAAGGACGGAAAGGAAAGGUUGAUCCAAAGAAGCUAAGCCAAUUACAAUCCCAACAGGAGAUGCUUCAACAAUUUAACGAUUCUCAUCGCAUCAUGGUUCCACGCGGCUGGGAAGGGAUGCUGUUUACUGGUGUUAGAUAUUUGAGCCUGCGAGGCAACGGGAUUGAUGACAUGUCCAUUAAGUGCAUUGUGGAAACCAUUCUAAAUAACCCUUACACUCAAUUACUUUCACUCAACUUGUGGGGUAAUCGUAUUACUGAUAUAGGCGCAAGUUACUUGGCGGUUCUUCUUCGCAAAAAUCGAAUCUUAAGAGCUCUUGACAUCGGACACAACCUCAUUGGGGAUAUUGGGUUGCUAGAUAUUAUUGAUAGUUUCCGUAUGGUGGAACUAGCUGGUGUUGAACAGAUUGCUGCUUAUCGUUAUCUGAUGCUCACACGUCCUGGUGCCAGCGAAGCGGAGCGCGCGGCAGCACAACAAGCUGUGCCACCUACUGCGUAUCCCACGUACCAGGACCUCUACAACCAGUGGUUUUCUCAGGUAAUCCGGCCUUCACUUUUGUUUUUGGAUGAAAAGGGUGCCGGUGCCCCGAGCUGCUUCCCUUUUACGCGAAGGCGAUCCCUAACUUAUAACGUUGGCAAAAAUACUGGUUCCAAGGGCACUGCCGGCAGUGCUAACAAGAGUGAUGCAAUUUUUGCUGUCCAACGCCCCACCACACCGUUUGACCGGUUUUGUAUUCGUGUACCUGUUCUUGACGAAACUGGUGCCGCUACCUCAGGCUUUAUAGUGCGCGCACCGGGGAAUACUGUGCUCGAGAUACUUAACCUUGGUGAGAACGAGUCCAUUACCUUAGCAGGAGCUAUGGAGGCGUGUCGGCGGUUGUCAAUGCAUGAGCCUCGCACUGAUGAGGAAAUGCAAACUAUGUCUGUUCCUUCUGAGACUAGUAGUAGAUGGAACUCGGCUUCGGUGGAUCGAAGUCACUGCAUUUUACCAGAGGCCACAGUUUCAAAUGCUUCCAACAAGGCAAACACACACUGCACAAAUGUUAAUCUUCUCCCACCUUCCGUGCACACACCGGAGCUUCAUUGCGCUGGCCUGCGCCUACAGACAUGCAUAGUGAGCUCUUUCCAGUACAAUGGAAGAUAUUCCUGGACUGAGAUGCAGAGGGUACAGCAGCAGAUUCAGGAAACCCUGGAUCGAUGGCCAGCCUUGAAUGCUGAGUGUGUGUCACAAACAGCUGAAUCUUUAGGGAAUCAAACCAAGAUGGAUGAGCAAACGGCAAGCUAG